GUUGGCGUUCAGUAGUCACGGACUCGGCUGAAAAAGGUCGCGCUCGGUCAGCUCGGCCGUUUGAAACUGCCAUAAAAGACGCGUUAGUCCGAGUAUUAGAACGACUUCGAAUCAAAGUGCGGAAAGUACAAACGCGUUGCUCGUCUCAGAAACUGCUUUACAACUUUGUCCGUUAUCGCGGUGAUAAUAUCAUGUCACUUAUCAACCGUCAGUCAUAGCGCUUCGGUGUGUGAUUCCGCGUACACGCGCGUAUAUGUAUGUAUGUAUGCGCAUGGAGCGUGUGUAUUCAUGCCUUAAAAUUUAAUUUCUCAAAAAAAAAUCCAAGAGUGUGCAAUAAGAUAACGCGUGGUUGCGUCAAUCACAACGCUGCGUGCACACUCAAGGAGGAAAUUACCGUGGAAAUUGACGCCGAUUAGAAAUCCUCGAGAUGAUGAUAAGCGAGAUCGCAUGCCCGUGAUAAAAUCAUAAGAAGUCGCGAUAACGGAAGUAACGACCGCUUGGAAAUCAACUGUGUUUCCGGGUAUUGGCUUUAUCGUUUGAUUUCGACGCCUUUCAGUUGAAACUGUCAAUGUCGGAGCUGAUUAGGGUUAUACAUUUAGACUAAAUAUAACCAAUUUUCUGCGAUUCACGUGACCUCGUGGUGCGUGCGUGACUAAAAUCGUUCUUGUUAACAUCGGAAACGUGUCACGACUUCCGCCGUCAUGUCUAGGAGAGUGCCGAAACCUCUGAUAACCAAAGAAACUAGAGAUUACUUAACGAGCACGCACUUCUGGGGCCCGGUAUUCAACUGGAUGAUACCUAUAGCGGCCAUAUCCGACACGCGAAAGCAUCCGAGAAUCAUUAGCGGCAAAAUGACUUUAGCCUUGACCCUCUAUUCCAUGGUAUUCAUGCGAUUCGCUUGGAAAGUACAACCACGAAAUCUGUUACUGCUGGCGUGCCACGUGACUAACGCCGGGGCCCAACUCACGCAAGGUUACAGGUACCUUGACUACCACUACGGCGGCAGGCAGCAAUUCGACCAGAAGAAAUGA